AUGGGAGUCCAGGGACUGACUGCUUACAUUGAGAAUAAACAAAACAUUUUAAGGAAGUGGUCUUUUAGAGACAGGAAACUAAUAAUCGAUGGAUGUAACUUGUACUUCAACCUGUACUUCAAGUCUGAACUGGAUCAGAAGCAUGGAGGAGAAUAUGAUGCCUUUGAAGAUCAGAUGACACAGUUUUUUACCAACCUCAAAGACUGUGAUAUAGAGCCAUACGUUGUAAUCGAUGGUGGUGGUGACUACACUGACAAAAAACUUGAGACCCUCAAGUCACGAUAUGAGGAUAAAAUAAAAACAGCCAAUGAGCUGUCUGUAGGAAAGAAGGGGAUGUGCCUACCGCUUCUCACUAAAUAUGUGUUCGCCCAGACCCUUCAUAAACUCAAGGUGCCAUUUGUUCAGUGUUUUGAAGAGGCCGAUGGGGAGAUUGCUGCUUUGGCUAACCAGUGGAAUUGUCCAGUUCUGUCCAAUGACAGUGAUUUCUAUAUAUUCAACCUCAAGGCAGGGCUCUUGCCUGCUGAACAUUUUUUGUGGACUAACGUCAAGGUGAACAGAUACACAAAGAAGAAAUACAUCCUAACCAAACAUUUUACGGUAGAAAGAUUAUGUGCAUCUUUCAACCACAUGAACAGGGAUCUUCUUCCAGUCCUUGCAUGCAUUCUAGGUAAUGAUUAUGUGAAAUUGCAAAACAUCAAGCAUCUCUGGAAGACUGAGUACUCAGUGCAUGGUCCAAAAUUUGCCUGUAUUGAUGGUUUGCUACGCUGUUUAUCCAAGUUUGAAGGUCCAGAAGCAGCCAUAGAUGGUGUUCUCCAGCUAAUGACAGACGAGGAGGAGAAAGUUACUUUCCGUGAAGCUCUGUUUAAAGGCAUCAAACAGUAUGAGCUCACCAAAAGUUCUCUUGCCCAAUUCUUCAACUCAAAAACACCGAUAGCCUGUACAGGUCCACUGCAAGCCCUGCCUACGUGGAUUCUGAUGCAGCUGCAUGAAGGAAAGAUGGGCUCGUUUAUUAUCAACAUAUUGUUACUUAAAACGGUUAUGAUGAACCCUCAGGUUGAAGAUUUUCAGCAACCCAGCAGCAGUGAAGUUUCUUGUGCCAUACGACAAGUGCUUUACGGUUUAGUGUUGUUGGGGGAACAACAAACGGAGGACAAACUUGUGGCAGCUGCUAAAACAUCUACUGCUACAGACAAGUGCUAUGUAACAGAGUACGACAGAGAGGGGUUAACUUUAACCAGUUCAAAAGUUAAAGCUAUAGAGACUAAAGUAAAAGAAGGACUUCGACUGGAAACAUUAGCAGAGGAACCACACAUCUUGCGUCUUCAGAUCCUCUUGAAAACUUUGGAUGUGUCAUCUGUCAGACAUAUCCCUCUUCACCUGCAGUUCCAGGUGUUUGUGACGCAUUACUGGCUGGUAAAUGCAAAGCCUCAGCCGAACCUCCUGCAUCUUUGGGGUCUCCUGCUGGGGAUGGUCUACGGACGGCUAAAAACCCCGGCCAGGAAACUAAUAGAGACGGAGUUGAAACUAAAGAGUCAAGGAAUGAUCGAUUUGGACCGUGAGGUGGCUCAUCUGUACAGCCAAUGGCAGUCUUGUUUGUGGUGGAGUUUCUGUCUCAAUCGCUUACUGUGUCGGCCACUUCCUGAACCAGAGUGUGCACGGUUGUACCGUGGAACACUAGUUCAUCAGGCCGUCUGGGUGUUUAAGAGAGGCAUCACACCAGAGUCUCUGCUGCCGAUGGGCUCUAAAGCUGAGAAGCUAUUCAGACAGUUGAGAGAUGCGGUUCUGAGUUUGUUGGAUGAAGAUGAUGUCAGGAAAAUCAGUACCGGUCACAUGAACAGAGCUUCCAACUAUACACAGAGCGACAAAUGCAUGAAUCAGUCUGUAGAAGAGCUGAGCAGUUGCUUUAAACAUCUGAUGCAUGAAGAUAAUGAUGACUAUGAUGAAGUCACUGGAAAACAGAGGAAGGCCUAA